CCAAUCGGUUGCUGCUCAGGCGGCGCACCGCCGUCUGACGCGUACCUGUCACUGGACGUGGCCAGUGCCGGACUGACGGUGAACUGGGUGGGCUCAGGUGCCCGGCUCCGGAGCCGACUGUCCACCGAUAACGCGGCYAUGCUGGCCGGUGACCUGCAACAGCUGAGCGCCACGCUCAAACACUUGGUGGCAGUGGUCGACAGGUCGGUUCACAGGGUGCCACUGGACCGGAUACCGUACCCUUGCUACGGAUGUCAAGACCGGACGUGCCAGUCGCCGACACGACUACCACAUCAGACAUUUGCCACUGACAACGACGAUCGCACAAAAGUCGCCGUACAACAGCAGCAGCAAAACAAUGGCAGCAGCGUGUACGAUGACGCCGACAACUCUAUACCACACAUCGACUCCGACCCCGAGGACUCAACGACCCAAGACAGAUCCRGUCCGGCGGUCGACAAUGACGGCAUAACAGCUAUGAUACACCACCAAAAGCAAUCUCAGCAGUCCAUCCGAGUACCAAAGUCCAUUCGUGACCUAUCGGAAGACGUUCUCACGUCGGGCGUACAAUUUCCAGGAGCCGUGGACCGACAGGGUAACGCGGUGAUUUUAUGGGUCGAAGGACAGUCCGGGCAUAGCUCAGWGACCAUGUCAGAUGUGAAUGCGGCAGAGCUUAUUUUGUACUACGCGUCUCUGAGAAACAGAAACGAAAGGAACUCGUCGUUGACCAUCUUGGUACACGAGAACAGCUGCACAAGCAUAGAAUUCGUCGAUUGUGUACUGGAACUGAUAAAGCAUCAAGUUUCCGUGGACAAAGUGAUUUUUUGCACGAAGCGACACGCAGAAGGAAACCGUCUGAAGUAUAGCCAAAUUCGGUGUUACGCCGUCAAUUCGUACAACGGUCUCCUGGAGUUCUUUGAGGACAGUCAGAUCCCGUCGGCUUGUGGCGGCCCGUACACACACAGCCAACUUGAAUGGAUUGAUUUCUAUAAGGAGUCGGAGAGGCUGACUUGUUUGAGUCAGACUGCCGGAAAUCGACUCGUGACGGCCAUUGCGGACAUGGGAAAGGCGCAACAAGAACGUAAUGCAAUAUCUAAAUUUUUGGACGACUCGGAUAUUAAAAAUUUACUUCAAGACGCCAGACAGAGCAUGGAAAUACUAGAACAACAUGCACGCUGGUUGAACGAAGACAGAUUUGUGAUGUCGAGUUUUGAGGACGUGAAGAAGUUCCACGGCGAAGUCGAGGGCGCCGCAGUCCGGCUGGAAGAACUGCUAUUGCAGAAGAAAAAGAAAAUAAUGCAAGCAGCCAGAGUCAACGCUUUGGAGGCCGAAACACACGAGGUAACCACCAAUGCCCGUGAUAGUGAUGUUGUAUACUUUGUACAACUUUAG